CCUCUCUAUGCAGGGAGACCUCAAGCAGGUCUAGCACCUUGGAAGGACACCUGGAAAGCGGUGCAAAGGGACUCAGUUUGCACCCAAAGCAGAACCGGGUUUUGCUCCCGAAAGCGGAAGAAGGGGGAAGCCCCCGGGAGGAAUCCGGGGUGGUUCCGUGGGCUCCUUCCUCUCUUUUGGAGCGGCGAGGAUUGAGCCGCGAUGAACGCCAUCGUCGUCUUGUGCCACUUCUGCGAACUGCACGGCCCGCGGACUCUCUUCUGCACCGAAGUCCUGCAUGCCCCUCUUCCGCAGGGCCCGGGAAACGGGGACAGCCCCGGGCAGGACGAGGAGGAAGGGGGCAUUCAGAUGAGCAGCCGGAUUCGCUCACACAGCCCGGCGGAGGGUGCCAGCGCGGAUUCCAGCAGCCCCGGACCGAAGAAGUCGGAUAUGUGUGAGGGUUGCCGCUCUCUCCCGGCGGGCCAUCCGGGCUACGUCAGCCACGACAAGGAGACCUCCAUCAAGUACGUCAGCCACCAGCACCCGAACCACCCGCAUCUCUUCAGCAUCGUGCGCCAGGCCUGCGUCCGCAGCCUCAGCUGCGAGGUGUGUCCGGGCCGCGAGGGCCCCAUCUUCUUCGGGGACGAGCAGCACGGGUUUGUGUUCAGCCACACCUUCUUCAUCAAAGACAGCCUGGCGCGGGGCUUCCAGCGCUGGUACAGCAUCAUCACCGUCAUGAUGGACCGCAUUUACCUCAUUAACUCCUGGCCGUUCCUGCUGGGCAAGAUCCGGGGGAUUAUUGAUGAGCUGCAGGGCAAAGCGCUGAAGGUGUUUGAGGCAGAGCAGUACGGCUGCCCACAGAGGGCCCAGCGCAUGAACACGGCCUUCACGCCUUUCCUGCACCAGAGGAACGGCAACGCGGCCCGAUCCCUCACCUCGCUGACCAACGACGAGAACCUGUGGGCUUGUCUCCACACUUCCUUUGCAUGGCUCUUGAAGGCAUGCGGGAGCCGACUGACGGAGAAAUUGCUGGAGGGCGCACCCACCGAGGACACGCUCGUUCAGAUGGAAAAGCUGGCGGAUCUUGAGGAAGAAUCAGAAAGCUGGGAUAACUCCGAGGAGGAGGACGGGAAACCUUCCAGCCGGGCGGACGUCGGGGAAGGCCGCGAACUGACCAAGAGCCCGACCGAUUCGUCUCUGAUGCUGGACUGUGGGAGCUGGAACGGUGGUGUCAGAAACCAGCCUGUUUUUCGGUCCCUCCGGCACUUGAGACAGGUCCUGGGGGCGUCGGCCUUUCACAUGCUGGCGUGGCACGUCCUCAUGGGGAAUCAGGUCAUCUGGAAAGCGCGGGACCCGGACCUCGUCCAGUCUGCCUUCGACGUCCUGCGGACCAUGCUGCCCGUCGGUUGCGUUCGGAUCAUCCCCUACAGCGACAAAUACGAAGAAGCCUACAAGUGUAACUUCCUGGGGCUCCCCCCUCACGUGCCGGUCCCACCUCACAUUCUGUCAUCUGAAUUUGCCGUCCUCGUGGAAGUCCGCGCUGCCACCCGCUCGAGCCUCUACCCUGUUUUGUUUGACGAUGAACAGGCGCUGAGCAAAUACGAAUUCGUGGUCACCAGCGGGAGCCCCGUUGCGGCGGACAGAGUUGGUCCUACCAUCUUGAACAAGAUCGAAGCAGCUUUGACAAACCAGAACCUUCUGGUGGAUGUUGUAGACCAGUGCCUCAUCUGCCUGAAGGAGGAAUGGAUGAAUAAAGUGAAGGUCCUCUUCAAGUUCACCAAAGUGGACAGCCGGCCGAAGGAAGACACCCAGAAGCUGCUGAGCAUUCUGGGAGCCUCUGAGGAGGACAACGUGAAGCUCCUGAAGUUCUGGAUGACGGGCCUCAGCAAGACCUACAAGUCUCACCUCAUGUCGACCGUGCGCAGCCCGACAUCGUCGUCCUCGGAGUCUCGAAACUAGCCCAGCUUUUGUUGGGGAAUCCCUCCGUUUGGCUUUCCCCGUGGGCACCCCAUUGCUGCUACCCCAAAGACUGAGGCGAGGAAGAAUGGGAUUCUUGCAUAUCUGUAGAGAGCUAUGACUUACUACUGUGGGUCCAUGGAUGCCUGAAUUCCCUCUGUGCUGGUUUCCAGUAAUUCAGGAGAGCCCAUUGCAGGGAUGUUUUCCAUGUCCGUUGGCCGGAAAGACAAUUGUGUCCUGGAUUCUGCUUCACUGACCGAUACCACAAAGCUGGGAACAGGAAAUUUCCACCACUUUGCAGAACUUUUUUUUUCUGGUGAAAACAUUAUCCUUGAGAAGUGCCUAACCCGUUUUCAGACGGGUAGCGGAUCUCCUUUGCCUGCGCAGGUGUAUGGUUACAAUAUUCCUGUGUUAUAGAACCUGUGAAUCUGUCCAGGGAUGGGUUAACAUAAUUUUAGAAAGUGUUCUCUUCGUGGCAGCCUGUUUCCUACAGUGCAGCCGAAAACAAAACCAGAGGUUGUAUUCUUAUAAUGAAGGAAACUUGGGCCAGUAGACUGACACUGUGAUUCAGUGUGAUUGCUUCUAACCUGCUAGAAACAUGGACUCAAAACAGGCCUUGUCCUUGAAAGGGGAAACUGAAUUUUUGUAUUUGGAUAGAAUCUGCCUGUAAGAUUCUGGACUUUCAAUUCUCACGGAAGGCAAUGAAAACUUUCAGGUUACUUCCAUUUAUCCCCCCUCCCCAAAGAUGUGCUGAUGAUUCUUGGCACUUUGAAGAAAAUCAACGCUGUUUUGAUCUCUUUAUUUUCCGUCGCAAGUGGAGACAAAGGAAAAGCUGCACUAAGAUUACGUCACAUCUCAAUAUCCAGUGUACAUCUAAUGGCUGGCAUCUGAUGCAAAGGUUGUUCCUUUCAAAUAUAAAAUAAACGUGUGGUGUGACGUAACCAAAGCAAAACAAGUCCUGUGUAUUCAGGGCCGGGGGGAAGUGUCCUUUGGCACCUGCAAAAGUACCUUUUUAUCUCCAUGCUUCUGUUUCGUUUCUUUUAUAUUUAAUAGUUGCAUAUUGGUUUGUAGUCUACCCAUCAAUUCUUUUGCUAGGGACUCCCCCCAAAUAUUUAUGUGGAAAUUUGAAAUAGAAGGGAGAAACGAAGAUGGCUUUUAAAGGUGGAUAUAUUUAACCUAUUGAACGGUUCUCUCUCUAAGGCGUUAACAUUUUCUUAUCCCAACCUAUGUAGUUUAAAGAUUUUUUUAAAAAUAGACCUAGAUUUGUUUUCCUAUACAGGGAAGGAUUCUUCAAGACCUUUUACUUGCUGGUGGAUUUCAGUAGAUUGACUUUGUUGUUGACAUUUUUAAUUUAUAAAGCUGUGUUUGUGUUCAGUCUGCAGCCCGUGCAACCAAAUAAAAUAGUCAUUUCCCCCCCAGC